UUGAAAAAGGGAGGCGGAGGGAGAUUUGACACCAAAGAAGAAAAGGUGUUGUGAUGAUGGAAGUAGAAGUUGGAGUGAUGCACUUUGAAGAUGGAAGAAGGGACCAUGAGCCCAGGAAUACAGGUGGCCACUGGAAGCUGAAAAAGGCCAGGAAGUAGAUUCUCCCUCAGAGGCCGCAGAAAGAACCUGCCCUGGUGACACCUUGACUGAUUUUGGACUGCUGAUUUCUUUUUGCCACAGACAGGAUGGCUGGUGCUGAGAGGAGCCAGCAGUGACUCUGAUGCCCUGAGUGGCAGCUCCAUGUCCUGAAGAUGAAGUGGCCCAGGUGAAGAGCAGGCCAGGCCCAAUGGCCAGCUCGGGGACAGAGGUCCACUGGGCCGAGCCAGGCCUGGGGCAGGGGCCCCAGCGGCGGCGCUGGACCUGGGCCGAGGAUGAAAAGCAUGCUAUUGAGAGCUGCCCACACAGCUGGGGAGAAGACGGGCCCCUUCCCAAUGCCACCAGCCCCGAGCCCCUGGAGGACUUCCGCCUGGCCCAGCAGCGCCUGCAGCCUCUGGAGUGGAGCUCGGAGCUGCAGCCUGACGGGCACCAGGGAUCUGAAUCAGGAGAGUCUGCGGAAGAAGAGUUUGAAGCAGAGGAUGCGGACAGCCCAGAAAGUUCCAACUUGCCCCUCACCUGGCUCCCCCAGCAGGUUCCUCAGCCGGACAUGAUUGAAGAGGAGCCAGAUGAGGCCACCGGAGAUGAUGAAGCUGAGGAAGCUGGAGAGAGCUCCCCAAAGUUGGGAUAUGAGACUGGUCUCUGUUCUGGGGACAAUGGAAACACCAGCCCCAUGGCUCUGGGGUGGAGUCAGGCCACAGGCUGCUGGGUGGCCUCUGACAAACAAGCCAAUGGAGACAAACUUCCAGAACAUUCUGAGGUCAACCCAACUAUUGACCUCAGCUCUGCAAGGUCCUGGAGCAGUGGGACCGUGAGCCUCGACCACCCUAGCGACAGCCUUGAUUCUCCCUGGGAAGGAGAGACCGAUGUCCCCCAGCCCACUGCCCUGGCAGAAACUUUACCGCAGAGCCCCAGCCACCACCUCCUAAAUCCGGAUGAUAGAACUGGAGGAAACGUUGCUCUGGCAACGCCCACGGAAUUCCAGGACUCCCCAGUCCCCCCAGCCCAGAGCCUCCAGUGUCCUGCAGACAGAUGGAGGAGAGAAACGACCAGUCUCUCCUGCCCUCAGCCGGGGGGCCACGCCUGGAAACGGACACGGAUAUCACCUAAUGUGCUCCCUUCACGAUUCACUGGCGCGCUCAGCCCCCUGAGUCCCCGGCCUCGGCCAGCCCGGCAGGACAGGCCGUCGCCCAGGCAGGGAGCCACUGUGGCUGGCCACUCAUCUUCUGAUGCCCCCAAGUAUGGCCGGGGGCAGCUGAACUACCCACUCCCUGAUUUCUCCAAGGUGGGACCCCGGGUGAGGUUCCCCAGAGAUGAGAGUUACCGCCCCCCCAAGGCCAGGAGCCACGGCAAGCAGCCUCAGGACCCUGUCAGACCACUGAUCUUCAAGUCACCUGCCGAGAUUGUGCGGGAGGUGCUGUUGAGCAGUGAUGAAGCCUGCUUGGGAAAGGACCCACCUCCUACCCACCCCAUCACCAGGGUACCCCAAGAAUUUCAGACACCUGAACAGGCCACCAGGCUGGUCCAUCAGCUCCAGGAGGACUACCACAAGCUCCUCACCAAGUAUGCCGAGGCAGAGAACACCAUCGACCAGCUGCGCUUGGGGGCCAAGGUGAACCUGUACUCAGACCCGCCCAAGCCCAGCCACAGCAUCCACACAGGCAUGAUGUCCCAGGGGACCAAGGUCUUGUCCUUCACCAUCCCACAGCCCCAUUCUGUGGAGCGGUGGCCGGGGCCUGCUGAGGUCCCACAGGCAUCUGAGGCCUCAGGGUGGUCGUCAGCUCGAGGAGACCUGAACCCCUCCUCACCCUCCAGUGCACCCACCCCAGGGUGUCUUCCAGAGAACCACCUGGGCAUCCCCCAGGACCAGCCCUCAGCAGACCCGACCCAGGCACUGUCUUCUCAGGCAAGGCGGUUCCUGGCCAAGGUGGAGUCCUUCGUGGGCCUGAUGCAGGCAGGACGGCUGACACCCCAGGAGCAACUCAAGGUCUUCCAGCGGCUAAAGGCUGCCCACUCGGCCCUGGAGGAAGAAUACCUGAAGGCCUGCAGGGAGCAGCACCUGGCUCAGCAGCUUGCCGGCUCCAAGGGGACACCUGGGAAAUUUGAUCCGGGCAGGGAGCUAGAGGCGGAGAUAUUCCAGCUGGGGGUUCACCUGGAAGAACUGAAGGACCAUGUGGAACAGAACCAGCAAAAGCCUGAGCGAGCCGAGUCAGACUCACCUCUGGACAGUCCCCUGGCCACGCCCUCUUGCCACCGGCCAACGUGCCUGCCCUCUCCCUCACGACAAGUCCACAUGCCAGCCAUCCAGACCCUCUGCCUUGAGCCCGACGCUACCAGCAGUGACCCCUGCGCGUUGCACAUGAAUGCGGAGGUGAGCCCUUCUGGCAGUGAGGCGGAUGACAGGCCGCUGGGCCUCCGGGCCCCACUCAGGCACAAGGAGCUGCAGGUGGAGCAAGACUUCCAUGGGCUCCUGGAGAGGUACCUCAGUGUGAAGUCCCUCCCAGAAGCCAUGAGGGCGGAGGAGGAGGGGGAGGAGGCGGAGCAGGGCAGAACCCUGGACACUGAUGGGUCAGCUCCAGCUCCGGGGAGAGCACAGACCUCCAGGCUUCCCUCCAGGAAGCUCCCGGUGCGGGCUGAGAGGAGUCACGGGACGCCCCCCGAGGAGGCCGUGGAGCAGAGGGUGUCCAUGAAACCAGCAGGCUUCCACACAUCCAUGACCAGAGAUGGGCACCUGCUGGGCCUGGGCAAGGCCGAGGCAGGUCCUCCGGGCCCUAGUAGGCCACCCCACUCUCGGGACACCAAGUCUGCAGCAUCCCACCAGAGCAGUCUGACCAGCCUAGAGGGAAGCGGCAUCUCUGAGCGCCUUCAGCAGAAGUCUCUACUCCAAGCUGGUGGUCCCCAGCUGGAGGAGUCCUGGAUGGCAUCCCCCGAGACAGACAGUGGCUUUGUGGGCUCAGAAACCAGCAGAGUGUCGCCCCUCACCCAGACCCCAGAGCAUCGGCUCUCCCACAUCAGUGCCCCAGGGACAUUAGCCCAGCCCUUCACUGCUUCUGUGCCCCGGGAUGCAGCCUCCCAGCCCCAGACCAGGGGUCUUCCGGUCCCCAGAAGAGCCGCUGAGCCCAGAGCACCCAGGAGUCGAGCCCAGAGGCACCCCUCCACCCGAGACAGCGCUCCCCGCCAGAGGGCACCCAGCUUCCGCCGGGAGCCGGUGGCAGCCGAGAUGGCUGUCCCUGGCUUGCAGUUGGAGGGGAGAAAGCGGAUUCCUGAGCAGCUCCACCCCAGCACGGGAGUCAGCCCACCCUCCACCCUGGCCCAUGCAGCUGCUGAUCUGCCCCAUGGACAGACAGACACCACCCCAACCCUCCUCACCAGGACAGGACGAGACCAGGCCAUCCGGGAGCUGCAAGAGGAGGUGUCCCGGCUCCGGCUCCGGCUAGAGGACAGCCUGCACCAGCUGCCCCAGGGCAGCCCCACGCGACCAGCGUCCAACUUCGACCGCCCUGCCCGGGCCCGGGACCGGGACCGACCAACAGAUUCCCCAGCCGCCUGGGGCUCCCACUAUGGCAGUAAAUCCACAGAGAGAUUGUCCAGUGAGCCUGGAGGUGCAGAGCAAGCUGUCCCAACAGGAAGGCGGCGAGCCAGGUCUUCCUCAGUGCCUCGGGAGGUGCCCCGACUGUCCUUGAGUUCUGAAUCUGAGCCAACCUCCCCCCGGCUGUUCUCUGAGAAGGGCAGUACCACCAAGGACAGCCCACAGGCCACUCGGGACAAAGUGAGAGAAAUGCGCAGCACCAGACGGCCAGACAGGGUCACCUUCCGGGGCCAGUAUACAGGCCAGGAGUACCAUGUUGUGACCCCCAAGAUUGUCCCAAGAGGCAGUAGCACGGUCUCCUGUCCCCACUGCCAGCCUGUUAGGACCCAGGAUGCAGGUGGUGAUGUCACCAAGGACCCACUGGGGCCAUCUCCCACUGAUGCCCUGCGAUGUCCCCUGUGUGGUCGAGUUGGGUCCCCCCCACAACAGGAUGGCCCAGACCCAGCCACCUCUGGGGCAGAAAAGGCCACCAUAAGGAGAAAAGCACCUUCAACUUCUAGCCCCAAGCAGAAGAGCAAACGGGUGGGGUCAUCGGCCCAGCCGCCCCCUGGACUGUGGUAUCUGGCUGCUGCGCCUCCAGUACCAGCCCCGCCUGCCUUUGCCUACGUCUCCUCGGUUCCAGUCAUGCCUUACCCGUCAGCCACUGUGUUCUACACGCCUCCAGGUGGACCUACCUCAGCCCCCUCAGCCCGACCAGCUGCUGAGUGGCCCCCCGCAGCCUCCUCCCGGCCAGGAGGACACCGGCACUCCAUCCAGCUGGAUCUGGAGGACCUGGAGGAGCUCAACAAGGCCCUGAGCCGAGCCGUCCAGGCGGCCCAGAGUGUCCACUCCACCACCAAGCACAUGAGCCGCUCCCUGUCGGCCGAACUGCGCCAGGGCCACAGCCUGCGGGGCUCCUGCCUCUUCUGACGGUACCGGGGGCUCAGAGACAGAUGGCGGACAGGUGGGCAGGCAGCCUGCUGCUGUCUCCCCUCAAGGCCCCACAGACCCCUCAUGAGGAGCUCUCCCUCCAGCGCAGGCCCUGCCUGCUCAGCCUCGGUGUUUUCAAAACGGAAGGGCCCUGGUCACCAAGAGAAGUAACUUCCCAGGGCACCAGCCCCUGAAGGAGGCGCUGGGACCAAGGCCACCUUCUGUCCCCAUGCAAUCUCUGGGAGCCUCCUGCACUUGUCCACCUCCAGCUAAUAAUAUGUAUUCUAUAUAUGGAUGGACAGAUCGUUGAUAAACUGAGGAGUUUUCCUGGGCUUGGUUCCUCCUUAGGAAGCCAGAUAAGAAGGGAUGGGGCCAGGGGCUCUGGCCCAAACCUGUCCACCUGCGUGUGACCAGCCACUUGGGAGUAGGCAUCUCUGGAAAGAUGUGGCUGGGGACCUUUCCCCUGGUGGCUGAUGGUGGGACACUUUGGGACCAUUGGGAUGUCUUAGGAUGCCGGCCCCCAGGAUGACACACGCCUGGCUUCUCUGUGGUUGGAGCAGCCUUUCGCAGGGGCCUGCUGGGAUGGAGACACCCCAGGGAGCCGUCCGCCAUGGCCCUUCUCAGUACCUCAUCUCGAGACCCCCGCUCUCUCCUGGGAGUCCCUGUGGAAUUCAGCUAGUGGCCAGCUGCCUGCCAGGCCCCAGUCUGUGGCCCUGCAGCCUGGCUGUCUCCUGCUCCCCCACCCUGUAGCAGCGCGUACCUCAGCUUUUCUGGAAUGUGUGUGCAUCAGUGAUAUUUGUAUAUUUGAGGCAUUUAAAAAUUCUAUUUUCGUUAUGAGCGCAAAUGAAUACUGAUAUUAAAAGAAAACGCAAAAAAAACCACACA